GGCGCGGUGGGACGACAAGGAGUUGCGAGAAAGGGCAGAGCUCACUGAGGAGGCAACAGAGAAAGUCCGCUAACAAUUUUUGAAGGCCGUAAGUUAAACAUGUUAAAAACUGUAGCUACUCACUCAGCCGACAUCUAGUAAAAAAGAUGCGGCAAGAUCAACAAGGCAUAUAGCUUGCGCCGGCCAGAAGUUCCGCGGCCUCUACACCCAUCCCGGCAUACUUUGCGCCGUGCACAAGCAAGCCCUGGUGCGCAUUGGCCCCUUCGGCCGCCGUCGGCCGGUAGUUACUAUGGAAACCCAGCAGCCAUCGCUAUGUCUCUGCAAAAGACACCUCCGACCCGAGUGUUCGUGGAACUGGUUCCCUGGGCUGACCGGAGCCGGGAGAACAACCUGGCCUCAGGGGGAGAGACGCUACCGGGCUUACGCCACCCCCUCUCCUCAACACAAGCCCAAACUGCUACCCGCGAGGUGCACGUAAGCGGCACCUCAGAAGUGUCUGCGGGCCCUGACCGGGCGCAGGUGGUGGUGCGAGUGAGCAGCACCAAGGAGGCGGCAGCCGAGGCCAAAAAGAGCGUUUGUCGCCGUCUAGAUUACAUCACGCAGAGCCUCCAGCAGCAGGGCGUGCAGGCAGAAAAUAUAACUGUGACAAAGGAUUUUAGGAGAGUGGAAAAUGCUUAUCACAUGGAAGCAGAGGUCUGCAUUACAUUUACUGAAUUUGGAAAAAUGCAAAAUAUUUGUAACUUUCUUGUUGAAAAGCUAGAUAGCUCUGUUGUCAUCAGCCCACCCCAGUUCUAUCAUACUCCAGGUUCUGUUGAGAAUCUUCGACGGCAAGCCUGUCUUGUUGCUGUUGAGAAUGCGUGGCGCAAAGCUCAAGAAGUCUGUAACCUUGUUGGCCAAACCUUAGGAAAACCUUUACUAAUCAAAGAAGAAGAAACAAAAGAAUGGGAAGGCCAAAUAGAUGAUCACCAGUCAUCCAGACUCUCAAGUUCAUUAACUGUACAACAAAAAAUCAAAAGUGCAACAAUACAUGCUGCUUCAAAAGUAUUUAUAACUUUUGAGCAACUCCUGGAAUCCUUCUUCAACAUCCCAACCAACAAUUACUCCCAGAUAGCCAUGUCACCUGUGAAUUAUCAUGAAUCCCACAUCAAAUGAACAAAUACUGGCUCUGGACUCUGAAUGUAAGUUGGUUCAUUAUAAGAGUGAGAAAAAGAAGACUAAGAAAAAGCAUACUGUAUUCUUUGCUACAUAGGGUUUAAACUUUAUUAGGAGGCCAGGCAUGGUGGCUCACAUGUGUAAUCCCAACACUUCAGGAGGCCGAGGCAGGUGGAUCACUUGAGGCCAAGAGUUUGAAACCAGCCUGGACAACAUGGCAAAACCCCGUCUCUACUAAAAAUACAAAAAAAAAAAAAAAAAAUUAGCUGGAUGUGGUGGCACACACCUGUAAUCCCAGCUACUCGGGAGGCUGAGACAUGAGAAUCACUUGAACCCAAGAGGCAGAGGUUAUAGUGAGCUGAGAUCACACCACUGCACUCCAGCUUGGGCGACAGUGCGAGACUGUUGCAAAAAAAAGAAAAAGAUGUAUUAGGGUUUUAUUUGCUCAGUAUAAUUAACAAGACAAUAUUAGUGAACCAAAAACUAAAAAUAAUUUACACACUAAAAGAUGAAAAGCCCAGGUGGCAGGUGAAAGUUCUAAUCUAAAAUGAUCCUGAAAUAAGUUACUGAUCCCUGAAUUUAAAAAAAACAAAAACCUCCCAAAUGCCAUGUCGCUUACCAUGUGAUAGGCAGGGGUCAGGCAGUGACAGUACAUGUGGGACUGUAUGUCCAUUUUUCAGAAUAAGACACUUUUUCAGUGUCUUUCAAAAAUAAAGAUUCUGUCACCUAUCCUGCUCCUUUUUUCAAAGAACAAUUUUGGGCAAAGAGUAAAAAACAGACACAUAGUUUCAGUGCUUCAUAUGGACAUCAGUUUUACGCUGGUCACAUUAAUUAUGCCCUAAUUAUUUUUUAUCUUCCCCUUCACAAGACUAUGAACUCCUCAAGAGUAGGGCUAUGCUUGAAACAGUUUUUUUCCCAAGAUUUGGGUAAUAAAAGGCUAAGGAGGAAAAAAGUUGGCUGUGAGGUAUCAUGCUUUAUUCUCAAAUAAGACAUACUGUUUAUGGCAAAGUACCUGAACAUUGGUACACAGGGAAGCAGGGAUGGGAAAUGCAGGACACAUAUUCAAACUGUGUUUGCACGUUUUGCAGUCCAAUAAGCAUGCUUUUAUUUCUCCAGAGCUUAGCUUUCUCAAAAAGUAGUUUGUGGCUAUGCAACAACAUACAUUCUGUUGUGUAAACAAGCCUCUUAAAUCAUUUCAGAACCUAUGUUCAUUUCAAGCUUAUUGGAUCAGCUAUAAGUGUGUAUCUUUGCCCUUUACCUCCUAUUGCCACUGAGGGUGAUUACCACUUAAGCCACACAUUCCUCACCAGCAGGCCAUAACUUGCUGGCCAGAGAAAGUUGCUUUUGAAAUUCUGACAGCAGCCACUAUAAAAUUGCAUCUAAUAAAUUCAGUAAACUUACAACUUUUAGUAAACAGAUGCUUAAAUUGAAUUUGUUUGCACGGGCAUUAAUUUUACUUCCAAAGGAUAUUUUAGAAAAUCAUAUUUGUAUUUGAUAGCAACAGUAAAUGUAUAGCUCAUACAAAAGAGUAAUGCUUUGUUCUUCCAUUGAAUCAGUCAUAUAUAUUAUAAUUUCAUUUAAAAAGAAUUAGUAUAACAAUUCAGAUAAAUCAACUCCAGCCCAAGGAACUAAAUAGCAUCAAAAGAAAUUGUUUAGUUUGUACCAAAUUAAUCAUGAAAACUUCAAGGUAUUACAUUCUAUGGGGAAUAGGAGGUGAAGUAUAAUUAAUUCAAAGUUUAAUGUCAACAAAAUAAAAUACAGAAUUAUGUUUAAUAUAUCAAAUAUUUCACUAGCUCAAUACAUAGAAAGUAAGCAUAGAUUUCAUCUUCAUUUUCAAUGUACCUAUUUCUAAAAAGAUAUAGUGAUACAGAUUCAUGUCGUCCACAAAGAAAUCAAUAGGAAUAUGCAGCUAAAACUUUUAAAGAGAAUUUACUUGCAAACCACAAAAUUCAGCAUAUAUUUGAAGAAUGAUUAUAUUGGUUUCAUUUUGUAGGAAUGUUGAGAAUUUACAGUAUCCCAAAAUAUUACUCCUCUGAAGCAUUGCAUUCAUUUUCAAAAUAUUCAAUUAUUAAAUACUUGAAAAAGAAGAAAUAGAGGAUUGAUCUCCCUAAUAUUAAAUACAACGCUUUAGAAGUGUUUUCUCUAAAAAAUUAGACACUUCAUUGACCAAUAUUAAUUAAUGAUAUUUCAUAUUGUUUGGUGAUAACUCUGGAAACACAACAUUGCAACAGCCACCUAAAUAACUAUGAGAAUACGUGAAGCUCUGAGUUUUGGACAGAUUUCAGCCCUCAGUUGAUCACUGUAGCCCUGAUGACAGGAAAAGUUGAAACAUCAGCAAUGUUCAAAGAGCCAUGCAAUUACUGCUUCUCUAUGUGUGAAUUAGAAUAUUCAGAAAGGGACAGAGACAUGCAGUUGAAGAAACAGUAAAUUCCUUGAAAAAUAGUGUGGCAUGAUAGGGCCUAUAAUAUUACUUCCAGAAUAUAUGGAGGUAAUACUUUGAAUGCUAAGUUUUCAGUCUGCUACUUACUAGAAAUGUUUUCUUUGAGAUUGAAUCUCGCUCUGUUGCCCAGGCUGGAGUGCAGUGGUGCGAUCUCGGCUCACUGCAACCUCCGCCUCCUGGGUUCAAGUGAUUCUCCUGCCUCAGCCUCUCGAGUAGCUGGGACUACAGGCACAUGCUGCCAUGCCUGGCUAAUGUUUUGUAUUUUUUGUAGAGACAGGGUUUCACCAUGUUAGCCAGGAUGGUCUCGAUCUCCUGACCUCGUGACACCUGCCUCGGCCUCCCAAAGUGCUGGGAUUACAGGCGUGAGCCACCAUGCCCGACCUAGAAAUAUUAUCCAUACUUUUUGUACACCCACAGAUAAAUUCAAUACAUCUGUACCUAAGUGAAAGUCAAGACUGGAAAGAAAAGUAAAAAUCUAAAGAAUGUUUUAAAAUGAUCAGCAGUAUGGGAUGUAGUAUAGUUGUAAUGCUACACUUCCAAGAAACAUCACUUAUGAAGAAGAGAUGAAAUUUAAAAUUGACUAAAAUGAUUGAAAUUAAUACAUGAGAAAUUUGUUAAGUCUUCUGGAAGUAAGUCUAGCUAGAAGUAAGAUUUUAUAUAUGCUGGAAUAAAUUAUCCUCAAGUAUAUAGGAGAUUGAAUACUCUUUUUUUUUUUUUCUGAGUAACCUAGUUUAUUUUGCACAUUUAUUGGGAAAUGGCAGAUGAAACAAAGUGGACAAAGAACAGAUUGAGGUCACUUUUUCAUUGUCAUCUUCUUGCUUCACUUUUCAUGAGAUAAAGCUGAAAAGUAUAUAUUUUUCAGAAAUUACACGUUGUCACCUAAGGUUACUAAGUGACCUCAUUUUUCUACAAAAUUGUUUGCCCCCGUUUGCCCAUCAGUGAUCAGAGCUAGUUUUUGAAAAUAUUUUAAUAAGAGUUCGUGUUUAUCUUAAAGCUAAGUAUAAUGUGUAAGUAUUCAAAUCACCAAAAUAUUUUUGAAAAGUACUGUACUAAUCUCAAUAAGUACAUGGAGUGUUACAAUUUAUUGACUCACAUUCCUCUACUCCCCACCCCAAGAAAAUGAUUAGGGAGGAUGAUUCAGUUACAAACUUACACUGCAAAAGGAAAAUGCAUACUGAUCUUGGAUUAGGGUUUUUUCCCCCAAAUAUUUACAAAAGGAUGAUUAUACCAGUGUUUUAGGGGAUUUUUAUUCCAGGACUUCACCUUUCAACAUAAAUGGUAAAAUGUGCACGUGUCAUUUUAUAUAUUUUAUUUGCCAAAAAGAGGUAUUAAUUAAUCACAUUAUUUUCUGCCCUGAAAUCCCAAAAUACUAUCUUAAAUGAUGGGUAAAGAUCUUCUCUGAAAGAUGGUGGCUCUUUUUUCAAGGAUGAAAGAAAUAAAGUAAGACAAUAUUCUUUGAAGACUGAGCAGAAUCAUUGUCAUACCCCGGAGAGAUGAAAUGCUAUAUUGAUACAGCUGCUAGGAGAACACAGAGUUGCAAACUGUCACUACACUAUUUGUACACAACUCCACAGUGAUGUCUUCCAUGAUGCAUCUCUAAGCAGUAUAUGAGGAAAAAAGAUGAAAAACAAGGUUACUAACUUUGCUGUGCAAAUUAUUUUAGAAAUAUUUACCCUUAAAAUGCUAGGUGUUUUUCUAGUUACUGUGUGAAUCUGUCACUAAUUUUUAUUUUUUGGUAUUGGAUUGAAAACUAAUUAGAAACAUUACCAUAUAAUUAGCUUUCUUCCUAGUUAUACCUAUUUUUAUUAAAAUAAAUGAUAAAUAGCACAAUUUCCUCUGAUUCAAGCAUCAUAUUUUCCACAAAACUUGGGGUCAUAUAACAGGUAUCUUACAUUUGUGUGUCCAGAUAAAAGCCCACCUGGUAUUUGUGAUGAAAAUAAAGAGGAAGCUUCUACUGCAAAAAAAGCUUUCUUCACUAGGAACAGAAGAUCCUUUCCUGAGGAAAGGGAAGUGAAAUUCCAGAGACCCAUUUAAUCCAUAGUUUCUGUGUUAAAACUAAAACUUUAGAAGCUGUUACUGAGAAUGUUUAUUUUGUCUGUGUGUGGAAUAUACACACAGAAUGAA